GAAAUCUAGGCUCUCGAGAAUGGCAGCCAGCGGGUGAGGCGCCUGGCCUUGUCCUCUCAUUGGGUCCCCCUCGGCGGGAGCGUCCUCGCUUCUUGCACACCUCUUGCUUUGCGCGCACGAAGACGGACGGAGAGUCUGCGGCGAGUGGCUCCGAUCUCCCAGGCCGGGUUUUAGAGCGCCAGAGCCGACUGGACACGGGACUGGCAUCGCCUGUUUGGGAUCAGCGGGGAUACGUCGUUGCAAACCCGACCGGGAUACCUGGGCAGAUUCAUCAUAAAACAUGGGAUGCGGACCGGCAGAAAGGGCUUUGCUGCUUGGCGCUGUUCUUGUGAUUACGACUGUAUGUUCUUCUCAACACCUUAAUUCAGUUGAAAAGAAUGGUGUUUUCUUUUCUGGUUUGCCACGGCCAGACUCCGAGCUGAAUACGAUUACAGAACAAGAUACCCCCCGGAACACACCAAGCAGGGCUGGACUUCCGAACAAAAAAUUAGGUGGCACCAACCGCCAGCUCACAGGAACCACACCGUUUGACUUUCGAUUCAAUUCUGCCAAGCCAGACAGCAGAUUCACUCUUCUCAGAACAACACCCAGACCCGAUAUCGCAGGAACUUUGCAGACGACAAGAGCUGCGUUUUUCACGACAGACAAGCGUGCGACGAGCAGAGCAACAACAGCAAGACCAACUUUGCCGCCUACAACGACGCGAAUACCAACCCAAGCUCCAGUACGUACUCCAUCGCGGCCUGUGUUCUCUGGAGGAACCAACUUGACACCGCCAAAGACAACAGUUACAACAGCUGCCAACUCGAGAGCGACCAAUGGGCCAACGGCACCCCAAGGAACGCUGUCCUUCUCCUUCAGGAGGGCAUCGCUGACCACAGGAGGUAAUCAGAGCCCUCCUGAGAUACUUACAGCGAGUGCGCCGUCAAUCGAAGACAUCAGUACCCCGGGUGAAGCUACGCAAGGAACUCCAAGGCAGCCUGUUGUCUCAACCGGAAGGACGUCACCUGCGAGACCAACCGCAUUUCAAAGUCGAGCUCCGCCAGUAGCCAGUCAAAGGCCACCCGCACCCACAAGAGCAACUGCGACACCUGCAGCCCGGUCGACCACAGUGGCGACUCGAAACACUCAAGGAGAAAGGACAACCCGCAUAGGUACAGAGUCAGCGCCAGCAUUGGGACUCAGCUUCACCAGGAUUGCGUCAACUAAUCAAGGAUCUCGGGAACCACAGAGAACAACAACAGAAAGAAGAUUUCCAACUAGACCCUCCUCUACAUCAGGCUCGAUUACACAAAGGACACAAACGCUUCCCACAACAAGGGCAACAUUGCCGCCAACAAUCAAGUCAAUCACAAUCCCAAGAACACGAACUCAGGGGACACAAAAGCUUCCCACAACAAGGGCAACAUUGCCGCCAACAAUCAAGGCAAUCACAAUCCCGAGAACACAAACUCAGGGGACACAAAAGCUGCCCACAACAAGGGCAACAUUGCCACCAACGGUCAGGUCAAUCACAAUUCCAAGAACUGAAACUCAGGGAACUCAACAGACUCCACUCCGAUUUGCUUUCUGCGACAAGGUGCUCUGCAGCCGGUCUUGUCGGCAGAAAUUCGGGCCCAAGCUGAAUUCCUCUGACUGCCUAAACAACGCCUGCAAGUGCGAAGUUGACGAAGGCUGCAAGCCAGAUGUGUGUUUGGCUCGGUGCCGAGAAUCGAGCACAAAUCUCAGGAGCGCAGUCUGUGAAGACGGCACUUGCAAGUGUCUUUCAAGAGAAAGAUGCACAUCUUCCCGCUGCAUCGACCAGUGCCGUAGGACUCACGCGGGCAAGGAGGUCCUCAGCGCAAGUUGCCAAGGGGAAACCUGCCAAUGCGCCAUUAAGAGACCAUGCAACAUCGAAGACUGCACGAAGAACUGUCAAAAAGCCCAGGGGAAUCGGCUCUUCAGUGCAGAGUGCAGCGACCAAGACAUCUGCAGGUGUCUUCAUACGUAAAAUGGAAUAAAAAGAUCCCACAUUCAAAGAU